CCUGGUGCCGCCGCCGCUGCUAGCAAGGUUAGCCCCAUAUCUCCAUCCAGUGAGGAUGGCGCCUGUCUUGGUGCUCUGGCUGGCUGUGUGCCUCGCUGGGACGUGGGCUGUGGACAGGGGCAACUUCAAGACCUGUGAUCAGAGUGCCUUCUGCAAGCGUCAGCGGGCAUUGAAGCCUGGUGAGUCUCCUUAUCGAGCCCUGCUGGAGACCAUGGAGCUGACCAACACCAGACUCACCCUGCAGCUCAUCAAUGACAACAACAAGGUGCGGCUGCUCCUCGAGCUCUACCGUCUCCAGGGAAACAUAACUAGGGUGAAGAUUAACGAGCUGAAGCCGCUGAAACCUCGCUAUGAGGUCCCAGAUGUGCUCAUCAGGGAGCCGCCUACUGAGCCCCUGUCUCUCCUGUCUCAGGACGAGAACGGGGUGGUGUUGUCUCUGGGAGCGGAGUCCCAGAGGGUCAUCAUUAGCGCCCGGCCCUUCCGACUGGACAUCAUGGAGGGACGUGACGUGCUGAUGUCGCUGAACUCGCGUGGCCUGCUGACCUUUGAGCACCUGAGGAUGCGCAAGGACACUUUCUCCUAUAAAGUAACUAGCACAGUGGCUAGCGUGUGGGAUAAUGUCAAGAGGGUAUUCUCUAGUCAGGCAGACCCAGAUGCUGAGAAGAAAGAAGAGGCUGAUCCGGCAAACCAGGCCGAGACAACAAAAGAAGAGGAAGAGAAAGUAGAAGACGGGAUGUGGGAGGAAACGUUUAAAUCACACUCGGACAGCAAACCUAAUGGUCCAUCUGCUAUUAGUUUAGACUUCUCAUUGCCGGGGGUCGAGCACGUCUACGGGAUCCCAGAACACGCAGACACCCUCAGACUGAAAACAACAGAGAAUGGAGAUCCAUAUCGGCUCUAUAACCUGGAUGUGUUCCAGUAUGAGUUAUAUAACCCCAUGGCCUUGUAUGGGGCUGUCCCAGUUAUGUUGGCCCACAACACCCAGCGGACCACAGGUAUCUUCUGGUUCAAUGCUGCAGAAACCUGGGUAGACAUAAGCUCCAACACAGCUGGAAAGACUGUGUUUGGGAAAAUGCUCGAUUAUGUUCAGGGCUCCAGUGAGACACCACAGACUGAUGUGCGUUGGAUCUCUGAAAGCGGCAUCAUCGAUGUGUUCUUAAUGCUGGGACCAACUCCCAAAGAUGUCUUCUCUCAGUAUGCCUCUCUUACAGGUACCCAGUCCUUCCCUCCCUUGGCCUCCUUGGGCUACCACCAGUGCCGCUGGAACUACAACGACCAGGAAGAUGUGCGGUCAGUGGAUGCAGGCUUUGACGAGCAUGACAUCCCCUAUGACUUCAUCUGGCUUGAUAUCGAGCACACAGAUGGGAAGCGCUACUUCACCUGGGAUCCUCACAAGUUUGCAACACCAAAGGACAUGCUGCAGGGUCUCCAGGACAAGAAACGCAAGCUGGUGGCCAUUGUGGACCCUCAUAUCAAAGUAGAUAGCAACUACAAGAUCCAUAAUGAAAUCCGCUCCCGGGGUUUCUAUGUCAAGAAUAAAGAUGGUGGAGACUACGAGGGCUGGUGCUGGCCUGGAAGUGCCAGCUAUCCAGACUUUUUCCGUGCAGACAUGAGGGCCUGGUGGGCCAGCAUGUUCGCCUACGAUCAGUAUGAGGGAUCCAUGGAGAACAUGUACACAUGGAAUGACAUGAAUGAGCCGUCGGUUUUCAAUGGACCAGAGGUCACCAUGCACAAGGAUGCAGUGCACGGAGCCUGGGAGCACCGUGAUGUGCACAACUUGUAUGGGCUCUAUGUGCAAAUGGCCACAUCGGAGGGUUUGAUCCAGAGGUCUGGAGGAGUUGAGCGACCAUUUGUCCUGACCAGGGCUUUCUUUGCUGGCUCACAGCGCUACGGUGCGGUGUGGACAGGAGAUAACGCUGCUGAAUGGGACCAUCUGAAGAUAUCUAUCCCCAUGUGUCUGAGUAUGGGCCUGGUUGGACUGUCUUUCUGUGGUGCUGACAUCGGCGGCUUCUUCAAAUCUCCAAGCACUGAGCUGCUGGUGCGUUGGUACCAGGCGGGGGCUUACCAACCAUUCUUUAGGGCCCACGCCCACCUGGAUACGCCCCGCCGUGAGCCCUGGCUUUUUGGUCCAGAAAACACAGCACUGAUCCGUGAAGUUGUGCGCCAGCGCUACACUCUCCUGCCCUACUGGUACCAGCAGUUCUACCACGCACACCGCACUGGAGAGCCCAUCAUGAGACCACUGUGGGUGGAGUAUCCUCAGGAUCCUGCUACUUUUGCUGUGGAUGACGAGUACUUGAUCGGGCGAGACUUGCUGGUGCACCCAGUUACUGAGGAGGGAGCCAGGGGAGUCACCGCCUACCUGCCUGGUAAAGACGAGGUCUGGUUUGAUGUCCACACCUUCCAGAAGCACAACGGAGCUCAGAACCUGUACAUCCCUGUCACCAUGAGCUCUAUUCCUGUGUUCCAACGUGGCGGCUCCAUAAUUCCCAGGAAGCUUCGAGUUCGCAGGUCCUCCACCUGCAUGGAACACGACCCCUACACUCUAUUUGUGGCUCUUAAUCCCCAGAGAACUGCAGAGGGGGAGAUCUACAUAGAUGACGGCCACACUUUUAACUACGAAAAGAAGGAAUUCAUCCACAGGAGGCUGUCAUUUGCCAACAACCUCCUCUCUUCUGUUAACCUCGCUCCCGAUGCCCAGUUUACUACCCGCUCCUGGAUUGAACGUGUUGUCAUACUGGGAGCCAGUAAACCCAGCAAGGUUACCCUUAAGACUACCGAUGGACAGGUGAGCCAGGUGGAGUUCGACUUUGAUGCCUCCAUGUCUGUUCUGACGCUCCGCAAGCCCGGCAUGAACGCAGGGGCAGACUGGACCGUGAUGCUUCAGUAACCACGGCGACGGGAGAGGAGGAGCAGGAGGGGGGGGAAAAAAUGACUGAACGGGAGGGGAGGGAGAGAGGAGGAAACAAACACAAGGCGCUAAUUCCCAAGACUAACUAAAGCAGGACAACACGAUAGCUAACAUGGAGAAUAAUGAACACACAUAAUAAUUAUACAUGGUUUUAAUCCACACACACACACACACACACACACACACACACACACACCUACUUGGUUUUCCAUCCGGUCUGCUUCAGAAGAAUGAUCACUGUGGGGGGUUGUUUGCCAUUUAAAAUGAAGGUUCACAUUCAAAGCUCCACCUGCUGAUGAUCCCCUCUUUCUGUUUUCUGACUUGAUUCUCUACAAAAAUUCAUUCCAUUCCUCCAAGCACUUAAAUCGACUCAUAGCUCGGCCUCCUUUAACCGUGCCACGUUUUCGUGUCCAGGGAGGGCUCGCCAACAGUCUUCUCUGUGGUUCUGCAGUAAGUUUUCAUGUUUCGUAAUUUUAAUGACGCCACAAAAAGUAAAGAAACCUUUUUUUGCUCUUACCAAUCCUGGCCAGCUCAUUCUUAUGCAGUCUUUCCCUGAAUUCCUCAGUACUGAAUUUGUGUGCGUUGAAGUGAUUCAUAAUCAUGGCUUCAUAUUGGAAGUGAUCAGGUCGUUCAACUGCUGCACAGAGAGGGGAUUUUCAGCUGUUGUUUUGAACAAACUUGGCAAUGGGAAUCACUUCAGGGGAUUGAACCACUGACAAGUUUGUGGAUCAUCCGGUUGACGUGCUUUCUUUGUUUUAUCAAGUUAUUUUUCCAUCGUUGUUUACUAGAUUAUUUUUAAUGCACUUGAGGAAAAAAAGUUGUUUAGAUUUUCAUGUGUUACUAGAUAUCGGGACAAUCCAGAAUUUCCACUGUGUUGUUUGGAACUUAACAAACAGGUCGGCUCUAAUCUUUGAAGCUUUCUUACUUGUACAAACAUCUGUCCUAAAUGUACACUGAGCAGUGAUAAACACUGAGUUGAUUCUCUGGAGAGUGGUUCGUGUCCUGACUAGUCUAAUCAUCUGACCUUUUUUUAGGAGUUUUGUUCUGUGAGUUUGUGUGUUUGAUUGUUUUUAUGAUCAUAAAUGUACAUGUUGCUGCAUUUUUGUUGGUGAUGGCUUGAACUGGUGGCAAUGGAAGUGAAGCAUCGGACUUCAGCUGUCAAUCAAAGUUGUCAGAUGUACUUUAAAAGAUGAGACCAAGUAAAAAUAAAAUUGACCAAAUGUGAAAAAA